UCAAGUUGGGCGGGUGGAGCCCCGCGGUCCGCAUUCGCCGCCGGAGGAACCGAGAACUGCCAGGCUGGGCAAGUCCGUGGGCGCCAUGGAGGAUGCAGAGAAGGGCAACGCCAACCGCGGCAGGCGGGAGCUCAAGAUCGGCGAGGGCUCUGAUCAUGGCCUCGGCAUGUGUGGAUGGGUGCUCGUCAUCGUUUCCUUCCUUUUGACCUUGGCGACUUUCCCCAUCUCCAUCUGGAUGUGCAUAAAGAUUGUGAAGGAGUAUGAGCGAGCCAUUAUCUUCCGGCUGGGGCGUAUCUUAAAAGGAGGAGCAAAAGGACCAGGCUUGUUUUUUGUCUUGCCUUGUACAGACAACAUCAUCAAGGUGGACAUGCGCACAAUAUCCUUCGAUAUACCACCACAAGAAAUCCUUACCAAAGAUUCGGUGACGGUUAAUGUGGAUGGUGUGGUUUAUUAUCGAGUUCAGAAUGCAACCCUUGCCGUAGCAAACAUCACAAAUGCUGACUCUGCCACUCGGCUCUUGGCGCAAACCACCUUGAGGAACGUCCUGGGGACCAAGAACCUCUCCCAAAUCCUCUCCGACCGGGAAGAAAUCGCACACAGCAUGCAGAGCACCCUCGACGAUGCCACUGAUGACUGGGGGAUAAAGGUGGAGCGUGUGGAAAUCAAAGAUGUGAAGUUACCCAUCCAACUCCAGAGAGCAAUGGCCGCUGAAGCAGAAGCGGCUCGUGAGGCGAGAGCCAAGGUAAUUGCGGCAGAGGGAGAAAUGAAUGCCUCCAGAGCCCUGAAAGAAGCCUCUAUUGUUAUCACGGAGUCUCCCGCGGCCCUCCAGCUCCGCUAUCUGCAGACCCUGACCACCAUCGCUGCUGAAAAGAACUCCACGAUUGUCUUCCCGCUGCCCAUAGACAUGCUGCAAGGCAUUGUGGGGGCAAUGCAGCGGUAACAGGGAGGGAGGCCAGAUUCUUCCAAAGGGCAAGGCAGUGUUGGAGAGGAGAAAAGAACAGGGGAAUGAAUACUUCUGCGUAGCUUUCCACAUAGAUGUGUGUCCUGUGAUUUGUGUCUGUUGGCAACUUGUUAUCCUGUCACUGUUUAUCUGAGCAAAUUAUGCUUGGAUUCUAGGCUGUGUUAUCCCAAAACUUGGUCUUUCAAUCAGUCUGUUUUUUUAAAAAAACAAAUAGAGUUUAGAAUUACCUGCAUUUGAUUGUAGGAGAAUGCCCCAGUGUCUCUAUGAAGCAGGCAGAUGACUUUUUUCAAAAAUAAUAGCAUUUUUCUCCUGGGAAGCUGCUUCUCGGUGGUGACUCAGAAGUGGAACUUUCCAUCCGCUGCCUUGCUAUGGCAAGUAGAGAAGGAACGAACGCACAGUAGUUAUGGGAACAAUAUGCUUGUAGCUACGAUAUUCAGCCAUUCUUGGAUGUGUUUAGCUUUGUGUGCAGAGUCAGACUAAGAAAAAUGCCUUCUAUAAGCACCUGAAAAUGCCUCUGGUUAUCUUUUUAUUUGUACGUUUUUUAAAUAAAAUAAAUGUGUGCUUUUUAAAAAGAACAAUAAAAUCCUCUUAUUUUUA